CCCCUGUUGAAAAGCCAAACAAAAUCGCUGGGUUUAGCCGCGGUGCCUCUGUUUCUCUCUUCUCGCUUAUUAGGGUUUCCGGAUCUGCUCGGCGUCGCCGCCGACCAACCUCCGCCGCGCGACGCCAUGGACUUCGACGAGUACGAGUAUCUGGAGAAGACGGUGGAAGCGUCCGGAGCGCCGGCCAACGGUUCGUCGGGCCCCGGGUCGGGGGACAAGGACAAGGAGCGCAGCUCACGCCGCCGCUCAUCGGGCGGUGACGAAGAGCGUGACGACGUAAAGCGCAGAUCGAAGCGUUCUCGCUCCGAGGAAGGCCGCGACCGCGAUAGGGAGCGGCACAGGGAUCGCGACCGGCACCGCAGCAGUCGGGAGCGGCGGGACCGUGACCGUGACGGCAAGGAGAAAGAGCGGGACAGGGAGAAGGACAAGGACAUGAGGAGCCGCGACCGUGACCUCGAACGGGAGAGGGAGAGGGAGAGGGAGAGGGAGAAGGAGAAGGAUAGGCAGCGGAGGAGCCGGAGCCGGUCGGAGCGGCACCGCGAUGACGAAGGGCGUGAUCGCUACCGUGAACGCGAUGUCAGACGUAGGAAAGAGGAGGUUGCUGAACCUGAAGUUGAUCCAGAAAGAGAUCAGAGGACUGUGUUUGCUUUCCAGUUAUCUUUGAAGGCAGAUGAAAGGGACGUAUAUGAGUUCUUUUCUAGAGCUGGAAAGGUCCGGGAUGUUCGUCUCAUUAUGGAUCGAAAUUCACGACGUUCUAAAGGUGUCGGGUAUAUUGAAUUCUAUGAUGCUAUGUCUGUUCCAAUGGCGAUAGCUCUUUCUGGUCAGUUGCUUCUUGGUCAACAAGUGAUGGUUAAGCCUUCAGAGGCUGAAAAGAAUUUAGUUCAGUCAAAUGCUUCUUCAAGUGGAGCUGCUUCAGGUGGAGCAAGGAAGUUGUAUGUUGGAAAUCUUCACUCGAACAUUAAUGAGGACCAGUUGCGACAGGUCUUUGAACCAUUUGGACAAGUGGAGCUUGUCCAGUUGCCAUUGGAUCCUCUCACUGGGCUAUGCAAAGGUUUUGGUUUUGUGCAGUUUGUACGUCUUGAAGAUGCAAAAGCAGCUCAGAGUUUGAAUGGGCAACUUGAGAUUGCUGGAAGAGUCAUCAAGGUUUCAGCUGUGACAGACCAAGCAGGCGUGCAAGUUAGUGGAGCUACAGGAGAUUUAGAUGAUGAUGAAGGUGGAGGCUUGGCACUGAAUGCCAGUUCCAGAGCUCUUCUAAUGCAGAAGUUGGACCGCAGUGGCAUUACAACCAGUUUGACUGGUGGAAUGGGUACUGCUGGUUUGAGUACUCCAGUGGUAAUACCAACUGUAUCUGUCCUUGGUGCUGCUCCAGCUGCAGCUCCUCUUCUGCACCCUACAGUGCCUGGUCUUGGUUCAAUUCCUGGGGCAACUCUUCCAAUUACUACCCCGUCUAUUGAUUUGGCUCCACCUAGUGAAUGCCUAUUGCUCAAGAAUAUGUUUGAUCCAGCUUUGGAGACGGAUCCUGAUUUUGAUUUGGACAUUAGAGAUGAUGUUCAGGAGGAAUGUUCCAAGUUUGGUCAAUUGAAACAUAUUUUUGUAGACAAAAAUACUGCUGGUUUUGUGUACCUGCGGUUUGAUAGUAUAACAGCAGCUAUGAGCGCACAGAAAGCACUUCAUGGAAGAUGGUUCGCAGGGAAGAUGAUAACAGCAACUUUUAUGACCCCUCAACAGUAUGAAAUGAAGUUUCCGAGCUAGUGGACAGAUCACAGAUGCUUGGUUAACAUGGACAUAGUUGCUUGGGCUCAGUACUGGCAUUUCUACAUUUUAGCGUUUUGAGCUUGUGUCAACUAUUAGUGGAGGAAAAUGCUUGGGCUCAGUACCGGCAUUUCUACAUUUUAGUGUUUUGAUUUGAGCUUGUGUCAACUAUUAGUGGAGGAAAAUGUAGUGGCUUUCUCGUAACAUUUUGUCAUUAAUCGGUUUGUAACAUGGUUUAUGUAUCACCUACCAUUUUGACAAUUGUUCUUUUUUUUUCUUUUGCGGAUCAUAGUAUAGACUCAGACAUUUUCAUGCAUU